AUGUGUACAGGUGGCAGCAGGAGGGCUGCAGCCGUUGAAUGUAGGCUACUGUUACAGCAACCGUGUGAUCACUGUAAGGGUGGACAGCGCACGGCUCGGGGUGAGCCGGAGGCUGGUGCGCCAGCGGGACCUGCCAAGCUGGAGACGGAGGUCGAGGUGCGCGGGGGUCCUGCCAUGCCUGAGAGCGGCAUGCUGUCCGCUUCGGUACGCAGGCUGCAUGGUCCUGUGUGCCGGCCGUCUGCCCAGCUGCCUGUGAGCCCCAGCUCACUUCCACGUCUGCUGUGCCACCGCUGCUUGCCAUAUGGGUGGCCAUCGGGCCAGCUCCAGGGCUUCUGCUGGAGGGGCAGGCAACUGCCAGAGUGGACCUUCCCCAUCGCUGGGCUGGGGCAUGGGGCGCCGAUGGUCCGGGCCGAUUCCCUUGCCUGCUCGUGGGGUGGGGUGAAGCGGGCGAGGGGGGAAGAACGUCUGAAGCCAGGGGACUGGGUGCUGAUAAAGGUCAUAAAGAGGAAGUGCUGGUCAAAGCCACGCUAUGCUGACAACACCAACAGCUGUGAAAACCGCAGAACAACCCACCUGGAUACACCAAAGCCACUGCAAGAAGGUGACACACAUCCAGGCCAGCUUGGAGUAAGUGGCAGGAAGACCGGUAGUGAACUUACAGGAACAUAUACCACUACCAACGUUUGGAUCGAUAUCUGCAUCGAUCUGCACACCCUUGUCUCCUGGAUUGUAGCUCAGAUCAGCGUGAACCACGUGGGUCUCUGCUCCCUGAUCUGUUUCUUAAGACUUCCAGCUUCAUCACGGAGUUUCUCUCGGUUUGUGGGCUCAUCUAAAGGGAUAAAAUACGUCUAUAUACUUUUUGUGUCCCAGCUGAGUAACAGCAGAAGAGUCUGGUGGAGCAACAGAGGAACAAUUUCAGCCAUUUGGACUCAGCUCAGCCACUACAGAGGAAACAAUGACUUCAACACAGAAGACCAGAAAAACAUCACAGCUGGAUCUGGACAGGAUGUCACUCUGACAUGUCGAGCUCCAAACAAAAACAAGAUCACAGUUUUAGAGUGGAGCAGAGCUGAACAGCAAAAUGAAAAUGUCCUUUUGUACCACAAUGAGCGGUUCUAUCUAGAUGACCAGCAUCCAUCUUUUAAGAACCGGGUGGAUCUGCAGGACAGACAGAUGAAGGAUGGAGACGUGUCUUUGAUUCUGAAGGAUGUGACGAUUAAUGAUACUGGAACAUACGAGUGUCGUGUCAUCACAGGAGGAACAAACCGCAGGAAGAGCCCAAAUGUGGGUGCCAGCUUCAUCUACCUGAGUGUUUCUUCUCCAGGUCAGACAGGAGGACAAGAGAAGGAUGAAGUCAACAAAGGUGGAGGAAAGGAAGACAAAGAGAAGGAGGAUGGAUCUGUGGGACUGAUAGUUCUUAGUCUGCUUCUUGUAGCUGCUGCUUCUGUUGGUUUUGUGAAGUACAAAGAAAAUGCAAAAAAAUGUUUGAACAUGUUGUUCAAAUAAGCAUUCCAGAUAGAGAGAAAUGUCCAGCAGACAUCUGUAGACUUCAAACAUCCAUAAUUUGAUUUUAUUUCUCAUUUCUCUGAUUAUGUUCAGACUCAGACCAACAGUGUGCGUCUGUGCUGUCUGUUUAUUCAUCCUCUACUCACUUACCUGGAGGAUCAACUAUCCAUCAAGCCUGUUCAUGCGAUUCACUGACACAAACUAAAACUGUAACAUACAGGAAUUUAUGAGGCAUAAUCUAACAAUCAAUGAGUGUUUUUUUUCUUGUAGCUUCAGGUUCAGCAGCUGUUUAUAAACUUAUUCUGUGAAUUUGAAUCACAAAAA